GUAAACAUGGAUUUAAGGAAUGAGCCUUUAAAGACAUCUCGUCGAAAUUAAGACCAUUAUUAUCAAUGCGCUUUUUCUAUUGAAGCUCGAAUGUAAUGGUAUUGUAAAAUACUGUAGGUUCCCACAGUUCUAGAUGAAUGAUUACUUAAUAACAGUGAGUUUUUAAUUUAUUUGUAACUUUUACUCCGGGUCGUUUUUGGGAAAGAAAUGCCUUCCAGAGAAAGCACAUUUGACAAAAGCAAAAUCUAUGAAAGAGCGUGCCUUUACUUGUGACUAUAAACAGCCGCUAUUCUCGCUCGUCGUCAACACUGGAAGAAUACAUUUUCUUGAAUGUCCUUUAGAACUACAGGGAUAUUCGAGAUGAGACCGUGGACUUCAUUUGUAUUGUUCCAGCUGUGCGCCUGUCUUCUUUUGGCUAGUACUUUGGAAUCUAAGGACACGCUGUGGAGAGUCGCUGUGCUGGUCAAGCUUGCAACCCUCGCAUGGGGAACCUGGUCCUGGGUCGAAGACUGACAACUCAGUCUGUCUGUGGGACAAACUCAACAGACUCUUUUUGUUUCUACCAACAAACGGGUGCCUCAUACAGUCAGGAUUCCUGCUCUGCACCCAGAUGCAGCAAGUGCAAUGCAGCUGUCCCCCACCAGACGCACCUGCCAGCCGCCAUGACCGACUCAUCCUUCCGUUACCCGGAUACCUGGUGGCAGUCUGCAGAGGGGGUGGAGACUGAGAUGAUACAGUUAGACCUGGAGACAGAGUUCUACUUCACCCACCUCAUCCUGGUGUUCCGCUCUGCCCGUCCCGCAGCCAUGGUGCUGGAGCGCUCCCAGGACUUUGGCCAGUCUUGGAAGAUCCUCAGGUACUUUGCCAGGGACUGUGUUGGCACGUUUGGACUAGCAGAGGAUACCUUUGCUGAGGAAAAUGGGCCAAGCUGCACCUCAAAGUACUCAGGAGCAUUCCCCUGUACCCAAGGAGAGGUGAUCUACAGAGCCCUUCCCCCCUGGCGUUCACUGGAUCCCUACAGCCCAGCUGCCCAGGCUCAUCUUAUGGUCACCAAUCUGAGAGUCCGUCUUCUACAGCGCCAACCGUGCCCCUGCCAGGCCAAAAACCCUGAAGCCAAGGCUCUGCCCAUGGCCCAUUAUGCCAUCUACGAUUUUAUUGUCAAAGGCAGCUGCUUCUGCAAUGGGCACUCGGAGCACUGCGUGCCAGCUAGUGGGUACCACCCAGGCAGACACAGGACAAAUCACCUGGUCCAUGGGAAGUGCGUGUGCAAACACCACACGGCUGGCAACCACUGUGAGCGCUGUGCGCCUCUCUACAACGACCAGCCUUGGCAGUCGGCCAACGGCAUCAUAGGGACGCCGCACGAGUGUAAGAAGUGCAAGUGUAACGGGCAUGCGGACAGCUGUCACUUUGACCGGCGAGUGUGGCUGGCAUCAAGGCGGCGUGGGGGAGGUGUGUGUGAUGACUGCCUUCACAAUACAGAGGGCCAUUCCUGCCAGAACUGUAAGAGGGGCUUCUACAGAGUCCCCAGGAGGCCCAGAGCUGCCCCAGACUCCUGCAAAUCCUGCCUUUGCAAUGCUAUGGGCUCUUUGCCCUCGCUGUCCGGGGGCGCUGCCCUCUGUAACCCUAGCAACGGAGAGUGUCCCUGCAAACCGGGUGUGGGUGGCUCGCGCUGUGACAGGUGCAUGCUGGGAUACUGGGGUUUCCAUGAGUAUGGGUGUCGACCGUGUGACUGUUGGGGGGGGAACUGCGAUCCCUUCAACGGGGACUGCAUGUCUGGCUCAGAUAUGGACGUGCUCUUCACAGCAGAUGACCACAUGGGACACAGCAUCAGCAGCAGCAGCAGUAAUAGUGAGCCUGCAGCACUCUUUAGGGCAGAAGAGCUUUUCUCUGCACUGCACCACUCUGAGAAAUGUGAGUGUAAGGAGAUGGUUCUCAGCAGUUCUAAACUCUUCUGUGCUAUGGAGUAUGACUAUGUGCUGUUGGUGAGAAUCAUGUCUGCCCAUGACAAGGGCUCCCAUGCAGAGGUGGAGGUUAAAGUCAAGAAGGUUCUGCAGCAGAGGACCCAGGUGAAGAUCCAGCGAGGAACUCUCACCCUGUACCCUGAGUCCUGGACCACCCGUGGUUGCACCUGCCCCAUCCUCAACCCAGGGUCUGAAUACAUAGUGGCUGGCCACGAGGACUGGAGGACAGGUCAUCUGCUGGUCAAUACCAAGAGCCUGAUCAAACCCUGGAGCCAGAGGCACAAACUACACCCCCUCCUAGUCAAGGACUGUGUACGACACUAAAUCAGGCAGGGGCAGGAAACUGGAGGGAUAAAACAGAGAUGGACUGAUGAAAACAGACCUAAACGGCAAAAUUGGCUUGAUUAUGAUGAGGAAGCUGGUAAGUGGGCAAAAAAGAAGGGAGAGUUAUUGGAUGUCUUUAGAUUUGGACAAGAUGUUUGGGGAUGGUGGUCAAAGCAGAACUUUGCUUGGAGCUACUAACUGUGAAUGUCAGCCCAAAAGACAAGACCAGUUGGACUCUCUGACACACAUCUGCCGAUGGUAACGGUUUCAUACUGUCUGAAAGACAAAUAACUAUACCAUGACAGACACGAUAUUUCCCCUAGAAGUAGGGAAAACAAAGCUACUUUAAAAGGUGAGCUCGGAAGAGAAUAACUUGAUGUGAAUGUGAAACAAUGUUUUUCCAAGUGCCUUUGCUUCCCAUAUUUUGUUUGUCAUAAAGCCAUCCAAGCUUCCAGUUUAUGGAAGGGUAUAGGAUCUUGAAUGUAGAUAUAACGACACAGAGCUAUGCACAUGACCAUAUUUCAGACGGUUUUAUCCUCCUCUCCAACAGUUAUUGAUGAUAAAUCUGUAAAAUGGUCAUUCCUUGCGUCUGAGUGUGUGUCUGCACACUUGAUGUCCUUGGCUGUGAGUCUACAACUGUGCAGGUCAGAACAGGUAACUCUUGGAGGGGGAGAGAGGAUGAAAAACAAUUAAGACAUCAGGCGGCUGAUCUUUACUGCUCUCCACGCUCCGACACUAGCCUGGCUGGCUCCUGACAAGAGCAAAAAACAUCCAGCUCUUUGCCCUCUGGACUCAGCACAGAAUCUGACAAAGAAGCUCUCAGCUGGAAUUAUUUUGACUUCACAUGCUCUCCUUGAACUGUUGUACUCUUAUGAAUGUAUCUUUGUCAAGUUCAUUAAGUCAAACUUGACUCAAUGAGGUCUCCAGCAAAGUGUCCCCGGGAGACCGACUUCCAUGUCAAAAUCAGGUGGUGUAUUGGAGGAGACCCGGCUGAGCCUGACCCUGUUUUUGUGUCAUCUCAUUAGCACAACCCACUAACCCCAAAAUAAACGUAAAAAAAAAAGUAAGGGGUAUUAAUUGACGUCACUGUGUAUAAAAUCCGGAGUACACAGUGACAUAUUUGACCCAGACCCAGUUAAGAAUAAGUCUGACUCCUGUCUCUGAGGAGCAGGGUAAAUGCUGCCUGAGACAUGAUGCAUUCCUUAGCUGUGAUGUCAUCAACUUUUCCCUUGUCCCAAAGUCUUUACCAACGGACAUAAAUGGUCUGGAAUUUGCACAUACUGUAGGUUGCAAAGCAGAUAUUUGGGAUACUUUAGUGAUGUCAUCUGAAUGCCCUUGUCUUGUAAUGUAAUUGUCGGUGCAUGUGUGGGAUGAUGGGAAUGAGAUGGGUUCUACACUUGUUUAUUAUAACGUUUUUGACUUAUGAUUGCUCAAUAUAACAUGAUUCAGCCCACAUAUCCAUAGUUCAAUAUGCAAUUAGUAACCUUGCUUAAGUACCUUGGGAAGUGGAGAUUGCAUGUACAGGAUGUAAAAACAUCGCCCUCCUUUGGUUAAAAGUAAGAAAUACAACAU